CGAACAACAGCACGAUAACGACAGCCCACGCAAAAGAGCACAAAACCACGAAAACCUUAGCGACAAAAACAAAGUUCAGUGCCUCGCUCGCCGUUUAUCCCCAAAGUUGGCAAAAAAAGCGAACGGGUUCUGCAACCGCUGGGAUACGAAAAUAAAAUAAAAAGUGAAAAGGAUUCCAAGGAGUGCAGUUUGGCAUACCCCUCAAUCAUAAACAAGCGACAGAAAUGAGGCAUCUCUGGCUGCUGCUCCUUAUCGCCUGUGGAUCUGUCCAGUUCCCAGGUGUGCUGACCUACCCAGAGGCACUCCCAGCCAAAUCCUCUUCAGCCGCUGGAGGCGGCGAUGGAGGAGGAGCUGGUGGAGGAGUCACUCCCACAGACGCCAGCAAGGAUUAUGACUAUGAGGAUGAUUCGCAGCAUGCAGCGGGAAACCUGGCUAAGUCUACUGAAAAUCCCAAAGUCCCCGAACCUUACUUCGAGAAGACUGAUGUUAACAUAUAUGUGCCGAUCAACACGACCAGUGUGAAACUCGAGUGUCCUGUAAAGAAUUACAAUGCUCAACAUCACGUGGUGCUCUGGUACAAGGGAAAGACACCUGUCUCCAACGGAAACAACAUAUUCGACAAGAUUUACAGCAUGGACAAGCAGUUCUCCCUGACCGUGCCCCUGGCCUCCAAUGCGACGGAGGAGCGGUAUGUGUGCGAAGUGCCCAACAAGGCGCGACGCGAGGUGACCAUUCGCUUUGGACCGGAGCCAAGCACCAUGGUUCCAUCGGUACCCACAGUCUCGGCGGUAACCUCGUCCCCCGCCAAGGAUGCGGCGCCUCAUGGACGGGACAUUAGCUUCUGGCUGAUCGGCCUGCUCCUGGCCCCACUCCAGUUGGCAGUGUCCUUCCGAUUUUGAAGCGGGCCAAGUUCAAGACCCCUCUAAAAUCUGCACCACCGGCAUUACGUUUGGAGAUGCGCACCGCAACAGAUGAGCUUGAUGACAUUGGGAUGUGGCCCUCGGAUUACAUCGAUGGCUUGGCAAAUUAAAGUUAGGUGUUGCUUUGUUACUUUAAUAUAUAUAGUACAUAGGAAAACCGAUUUUUCGGGGAAGCAAACUUCCUAGAGCUAUAGAUUAAUUAAACUACACUUCCAACUCUGCUUCCUCCUACUUCCAACGUCGAUGUUUUUAGACUCCUUUAAAGUAAUAUUGUUUGUAAACCACUCUUUGAAUUUAGAUACGCUAUCUAUAGGAUCGAAUUAGCCUAGUGUGAUUGCUUUAGUCUUGCGCUUAAUGAAUCGAGAGAUUAGUACAUAAUUGAUUUUAACUUAGCGGAACAAAAUGCGAUACCAAGUGGCUUAAAGAAUCAUUGUGAAGGAUACUAUAUAUAUAUAUAUAUAUAUAUACGUAUAUGUGAACAGAUUAUGAAUACAUGAAAACAAUGUAUGCAAUUUUGUCGGAUAUAAAACUGAAAUAAACUAGAGCUGCUAUAGACCCAGCUGAAUCCAUUCAA